AUGUUCCCUGGGGUUGCCGACAGAAUGCAGAAAGAGAUUCAGCUAUUGGCGCCAAGCACGAUGAAAAUCAAAAUCAUUGCUCCGCCGGAGAGAAAAUAUUCGGUUUGGAUUGGUGGUUCCAUCCUAGCUUCCCUAUCCACCUUCCAACAACUUUGGAUCUCUAAGCAAGAAUACGAUGAAUCUGGCCCAUCUAUCGUACAUCGCAAAUGUUUCUAA